CUUCCUGCUGCUAGCUAUUAACAGUGUCGGAUUACUGAGCGUCUUAGAAGUGCGGAGAUAGAAGAUUUGAAGGAAGAUAAGGGCAUACAUACUACGGUUGCUUCAGAGUAAAGAACAUUCGAACGGAUUGCAACACGCAGCAUUGUCCCCAGGUGUCUUUCGGCUAGUAUUACAUUCACGUCCUCUUCGCAUUGAUCCCAAGCGUCAAGCAUCUCAAUCAGACCACAUUCCUCCUCCCAGCGUACCAGCUCGCUGACCGACCACGCGACACACCAGACCGCACACCCAAUCGCACACCGACCCCACCCUACCAACCAACCCACCAAUAAAACCCCCCACGAUGUGCUCCUACACCUACUCCUGGUACUACUGCAACCACGACUACUACAUCUGGGCCAACUCGAUCGAAAUCUGCCACAACCGGCUCCUCUCAGGCUACUCGUACGACGCGUGGAGCAUAGACAUGUGCAAGAACAUGACGGUCGAGUGCGGCGGGUUCAGCAACUACUACUGCCACGAGUGUAGCGAGGACGUCGCGCUCGAGUUUGAGCUGGACGAGAUAUAAGAUGGGCGCAUCGGGACCGAGACGGUUGCGCUGGGGCUGUUGCACUUGGACCCCAAUGCUGAGCUGAGGGAUGGGGGGUUCACACCGCUAGACUCACCGCCUUUCGCUAUACAGGGGUGUGCAGGCGGUACGGCUGGAAACACCCACGCGAGUAUACGCGAGGGAUGGGCUUGCAUUUGCGGUUGGCUUUUCUGUUGGAUACCAUGUCUUUUCUGAUUCUUUCAUUGUUCUCCCGCAUCGAGCGAGCAUUUUGGGCGCGAGUGUUUAGCGUCGCGGUUGCUCGGGAUUUGGCACGGUACAGGCGUUACGUGGAUUUGGAUUGGGUGCUGGACUGAAUCUUGUCCUGUUGAUAUACCAUAGAGCGCAGUAUGCUUAGUUUUGUGACAGAGGCUUCUGCUUAGAUGAUUUCCGUUUGGAUCCCAAUUGAGUAC